CUCCAGCAGUCUGUCUGACAAAGGGGGCCAAAGGAAGACAUCUGAUCCAAUAUAAUUGAACAGCAGUUCUGUGUCAGUUGAGAAAUCUGACACCAGUUGCGCUGAAGAUGAAUUUAAAUUUCACAUCCCCAGUUCAUUCAGUGUCCGUUCAAAGACCAACAUCUUUCUUUAUUGAAGAUAUUUUGUUACACAAACCAAAACCUUUAAGAGAAGCUCCUCUGCAGCAUUUCUCCAGCUCUUUGGCAUCCAGAGUUCCUCUUCUUGACUAUGGGUACCCUAUAAUGCCAACCCCAACCAUUCUAACACCUCAUCCUCAUCACCCUCUUCACAAGGCGGAUCAUCACCACCCUUACUUUCUGACAACACCUGGUGUGCAUGUUCCUGCUCUGUUUCCACAUCACCCAGAUUUACCGGGAAAACACUGCCGGCGACGGAAAGCACGGACGGUCUUCUCGGAUUCACAGCUCUCGGGCCUGGAGAAGAGGUUUGAGAUCCAGCGGUACCUGUCUACCCCAGAAAGAGUGGAACUCGCCACCGCAUUAAGUUUAUCAGAGACACAGGUGAAAACCUGGUUUCAAAACAGAAGAAUGAAACAUAAAAAACAAAUGAGAAAAACUCAAGACGACCCCAAAGUCCCCUCCGGUGAAGAGUGUUCAGAUCCAAGCGUACACGAAAUAGAACUUGAGGAGAAAAUGUCGACAGAGGCUAAAAUCUUAAGUCGCCAGAAUUCUUUUGCUAUUGAAGAGACUGAAGAUGUGGAUAUUAUUGAAGAUGACGAUAUAUGUUCUUCGGAACAAUUAAUAUGAAGAUAAGCUCUCUGACACUCUAAAACUGACUUUUAAAGACAUGGACAACUCUAGUCGAUGAGCACUAGUGGGAUGCACACACUGUUUGUAUGUUUGAUAUGCGUAAUGUUGUUGGAGAUUGUUGUGAGGCCACCAGUAACUGUGAACUGAGAACUUAAGGCUAUGUGUCCAAAGCGUCCUAUCUUACAGGUGUCCCAGCUGCCCGCUGUCUAAAUAUGAGAAACGUCUCUUGUUUUACAAUAGUGACAGACUGAUACUACUUUUAAAAAGCUAUGGCAGCACGGCAUGCAAACGCAAUUUAACAAUUAGUAAUAUUACUGGCAACAGUAGCUGGGACAGCAUGAUAAUAAACUCUUAUGGGAAGGCGAGAAAGUGGUGUCGGGGUUAACAUAAAAAUAAUUCAUUCUACCUAAAUGCGUUUUAAUUAUGUGAAAAUGUUUAUAGAUAGCGUGGUUGUUGUACUUCCAAAUUAUUUUUGUAAUAAAAGUUUACUCUUCGUGAACAUUUACAUUUUGUUUACAAAGGUUCAGGCAAAGACACGCCAUACUUUGCAUGCAUUUUAGCUCAGUAAUAAUUUGUUUUCAUCUUUGUCUCCAGAUCUUACAAAAUAUGUGGACACUGUGAAUGUGCAAUGCAAUGGAACACAAGUAUAGAAGUAUCCUUUUAAUGAAGGGUUUCUUUUGAAAGUUAAAAGAUUUUACUGCUAAUCCUAUUGACUCCAAUAAUUUCAAAGUAUUUGAAGACUGCUAAAAAUGGGCCAUUGGAGGGGAGGCGCCUUCAUCCAGCUGGUUGGUCAGUUCAGCGGUUCCCACAACCCAGUUUCACAGGACUUAUUGUAAUGCCAGAUCAUGAGAUUUGUUCAGCUUUCAGACUGCCAAGCAGAGAAAAGUAUAUAUAUCUGACAAAGAGGUUAGUUGUGACGGUCCCAAAUGCUAAUGUUUUAAAUACUGUUUACCUUUGAGAAGCAUAUUGCCACAGAUUGUGCUGAAA